AUGACGGCUCGUACUACUUCGGGGACUGAUGGCGGUGUUGAGCCCGCGACGAGGAGAGAUGGUCGUUUGGAGUUGAAUAUGUCUCCAACAACUUCGACGGGUUCCUCAACAGCCAGGACAUCCCAGUCAGAGGAGGCGAAUGAGAUUAAGAUACCUCCACACUCUUUCACUGCGAGCAGGUUUUUGUAUGCCGAUGCCAAUGAGAUCAGCGCGUCGUCUACUGUUGUGUUGCUAGGGGAGAUUCCUUGGACCUGGUACAAGGAGCAGCAUAACCAUUUGGUGUCGAACUAUCAGAAUGAGUCGCCUGAGGUGAAUGCACUAUACUCGCACGGGAACGAGGAAGAGGGCUCGUCUUAUAAGAAGGAUGAGAAACUGAAUAAGCUCCUGGAGAGCUAUUACGAUGCAGAGGCUGGUGAACAGAGCAGCGGCUCCGAUUAUGAGAAUGAGGAUGAAGAUAACCAAGUAGAGGAUGACGCUGGUGAUGUCGACGCCGACAUCGAUGUCGAUGUUGAUCUCCACCCUGACAAUUAUACUGGUUCCAAGCGUAACAGCGAACCCUGUGACUGGGACCAUGAUGACCAUGACGUUUUUAGUGUUCCCAGUAUGGCCAAUACGAGGAGUUCCAGGAGAAGCUCAAUUCUGCGUAAACUGAAAAUUCAACAGGAAAGGCCUGUUCCAGAUAUAUCGGUUGAGACAUUCUCACCUGAAAUGGCCAUACCUCUGCAUGAAAUGCCAAACCCACCUGCCAUUCCGGGCUCAAGAUCACAAGCUGGAGAUACUGGCACUGGUUCUCGUGUUGGUACAGAAGUUGAAAGUUUCCAUACUGCUUUUGAGAAUCCAUCUGACAACGUUGCUCCUAAAGACUAUUCUCCAAUAGUUGCAAAUGAAUCAUCUCCAAAGUCGUCUGAUACCGUCCUCGCCAACACGACUCCAAGUACAGGUUUGGAUGCAGACGGCCUGUUACUGACACCACAAGUGACUACCUAUUCAACUACUUCAAAGGUUAGGUUUGACGAUGAUAAUCUACAAAAGCACAUGACCAGAGCCUCCAUUAAGUCAAGAAUAUCUCAGUUAAGGCCUACGCCUACUGAACUCAGUCUGGAGCCGGAAACCGUCAAUGAAUAUGAACAUAGAUUCCAGAAAUUGUUUUCUGCUGCUAGCCACACAAAACAUAUGAUCAAAAAGGAUAUCCAAAAGAGUCAUGGGCUGCUCUAUAAGAGAUUUUACGCAAGUUUCAAACCUGGCGAAAUAAUGAAGGCUGAAAAGAUGUUGGUUCUUGUGAAAACCAUUGAAAACGCCAGUACAAAUACAAGGUUUGAAACAUUCACUGAACAAGAACCUUGUGAUACGAGAAUCUAUGACCGUUGGAAGGAGUACAUGGUUAUUGCGAGGUCGACUGGUAAUCCUCAACAGCCCAUUAUCCUUCAAUUUCGCACCAAAAGAACCGUUGUAAAUUCCGAUUCUUCAAACUCCAGUUAUGAAGCACUGAGUGUUACAUUGUCUAAAUCUUGCAUCGUGAACUUUUACAGUGCAUUGGAUAGAACCAUUGCAUUGGUAAAAGGUGACAAGGUCUAUAUUCUUAGGUGUCAAGUGCCUAGCUCUUCUAUUCGAUGGCUCAGCUUCUUAUCAUCCGCAACAGGAGGAAAUAUUUCCAAUAUUGUGAAAUUAAGCAUUCCAUCAUUCAACAUGGCAUUGAAUAUCAACGUCAAUAGAGAUUUCUUUCGUAAAUUUCUGAAACAUUCCCAUUCUGGUUUGAAGUUGCUUUACACUUCGGACGGUUAUAUCAUCCAGGGUCUUCCCGCAGUUGAAUACUUGAGUAAGAAGAUUAAAAAGAAGUUGAUUCAAGCAGGUUUGGAGAGUAAGAUCAAACCAUUUGUUCACAAACCUAACGCAUAUGGUCUCUGUUGGAGGUACUAUGAUCGUCUUGAAUGGCUCUUUGGGGAAACCCUCAUAAACUUGUUCUGGGAACAGGCAAUGUAUCGUACCCAUGAGCUUGAGCUGAGGGCAAUAACGCAUUACCCAAGAACAGUGGAUGAUCCUCAAGGUAAGAUUUUACACGAACAGCCUCCUUUAGAGGGAUUCCUCUUAAGAUUGACAACAAAACAAGGGCAGUUAAAAAGAGGGCCAUUGCAUAAACAAGUUUUCACUUUUGAGUAUUUCUUCACAAGUGGCCAUCUGUUAUUCUUCAAAUCCGCUUACAAGUCAUUCCCACCUCUCCCAUAUUCAGAGAAUUUGAUGACAAGAACGGAUUUACCCGCACAAUCACCAAUUUUAGAAGAGAUCAAAAGUAAUCUCGUUCCUAUCUUCACCCACAACCCAUACACUCUUGAUGAAAAUAACCAUAUUGAGUGGCUCAAUCCAAAUAUCUCACCACAAGAGUUCGAAAUGAGGGACAGAUUUGCCUUUGCCGCUUUCAAGAGGCGUAUUACUUCAAUUUCCAAUGCAUCAAAGGUCUUAAACUUAACCGAUGUUCAGUCUGUUGGUGUAUUCGAUCCCGUGGAUAUACCUAAAUCUGUUGAAGUAGCGAGCUCUUUCUAUUGGGGGUCGUCGGAUGAUCAGAAGAAUAUCUUGCAUCUGGAAAGAAGUGAUACUUAUUUCUAUAUCUCGCUCAAAAAUGGUUCAAGAAUGGUUUUGAAAGCACCCUCCGUUCAAGUAAGAGAUGAAUGGGUUCAUCGGUUACAAUACCAUGUGAAGUACUGGAGUUUACGGAUUCAUAAAGAUCAUCAACUUAUCAAAAGUAUGAAAGAAACAAAUAUCGAAAACCUACACAUGGACGAGUUUGCUGAAACUGAUACAUUUGCAUUUGAUACAAGAUGGGAAAAGAACAAUGGGACUUCCAGCACUGAGGUUUAUAACGUCACGUCGCUUGCGAUGUUUCGCCCUGUAUCAUUUUCUGGCUACAUCUAUCAGAAACCGAAAAAGCAUUCAAAGUUCAAAAAGUACUUUGCAACGCUAAUCCCAGGUCAUCUCAUCUUGUUCAACGUAUUUGUGCGUGAUAUUACUGGUUAUGUCAAGCCUAUAACACAUUACACGAGGUAUGCAUCAAUGCCAUUGCGGAACUGUUACAUAUAUUCUGGAACGCUAUGUGACACCGAUCUCUUAGACAGGCUACUUCUGCACGACUCUGGUAAGCAAGCUCUUCCAAGAGUGUAUGAAGAUGGCUGGUUAUCUUCGGAUGAUGAAUCGAGUCGCUGCUUUACAAUUUGGUUUGGCACCAAGCGUGCAAUUUCUGGCAGUGCUGUGUCUAACGAGAAGUACAAUGGUGUGGAAAACCCUGGCUUGCUCCACAUGGUUAGGAAACUAGGGGUAACGGGAAGAAGCAUGGUGUUUAUGUGUCGUUCACGUCAGGAACGAGACUUGUGGCUCACCAAUCUAUACGCUGAUCUAGAGAGAUUUGGACGUUCCAAGUGA